GAGCCGGGCUCCGGCGGCCGCGGGGCGCGGAGCGGGGCGCGCGCGAGCUCAUCCCCGCCGCCUCCUCGCCCUCCAUUCCUCUCUCCGCGCCUUCCCCGGCCUCGCCGCCGCCGCCACCGCCCGGGAGCGGUCGCCGGGGGCCAGGGGCUGCGCGGCGGGCGCAGGCGGGCGCGGGGGCGCGCCGGGCCCCGGCCGGGGCGCCGCGGGCGGGGGAGGGGGUGGGCCGGCGGCGCUGCGCGGGGUCCAGGACAUACGCCCGCGGCGCGAGCCAGGAGCGCGCUAGGCUGCCGGGCGCCGUCCAGGCGGGUCCCCGGGGAUCGCGCCCGGGAGCAUGGAGCGCCCCCCGGGGCCGCCCUAGGCGCGGCGGCGAUGCGGCCGGGACGGCGGCAGCCGGGGCCAGGAGCGGCCGCCCCGGGCUCGGAGGACGCGCAGCCGGCGCGGGUGCCGCCGACCGAGGUGCUGCCCCGCCUGGAGCUGGCCUGGGGGUGAGCCAGGGCCCCCCCGCCCCCGGGAUGACCGCAGCUGGCCGGGCCAACCCCUACAGCAUCGUGUCAUCGGAGGAGGACGGGCUGCACCUGGUCACCAUGUCGGGUGCCAACGGCUUCGGCAACGGCAAGGUGCACACGCGGCGCCGGUGCCGGAACCGCUUCGUCAAGAAGAACGGCCAAUGCAACAUCGAGUUCGCCAACAUGGACGAGAAGUCGCAGCGGUACCUGGCCGACAUGUUCACCACCUGCGUGGACAUCCGCUGGCGCUACAUGCUGCUCAUCUUCUCGCUGGCCUUCCUCGCCUCCUGGCUGCUCUUCGGCGUCAUCUUCUGGGUCAUCGCGGUGGCGCACGGCGACCUGGAGCCGGCCGAGGGCCGGGGGUCACGCACGCCCUGCGUCAUGCAGGUGCACGGCUUCAUGGCCGCCUUCCUCUUCUCCAUCGAGACGCAGACCACCAUCGGCUACGGGCUGCGCUGCGUCACCGAGGAGUGCCCGGUGGCCGUGUUCAUGGUGGUGGCACAGUCCAUCGUGGGCUGCAUCAUCGACUCCUUCAUGAUCGGGGCCAUCAUGGCCAAGAUGGCCCGGCCCAAGAACCGCGCGCAGACGCUGCUCUUCAGCCACAACGCGGUGGUGGCGCUGCGCGACGGCAAGCUCUGCCUCAUGUGGCGCGUGGGCAACCUGCGCAAGAGCCACAUCGUGGAGGCGCACGUGCGCGCGCAGCUCAUCAAGCCGCGCGUCACCGAGGAGGGCGAGUACAUCCCGCUGGACCAGAUCGACAUCGACGUGGGCUUCGACAAGGGCCUGGACCGCAUCUUCCUGGUGUCGCCCAUCACCAUCCUGCACGAGAUCGACGAGGCCAGCCCGCUCUUCGGCAUCAGCCGGCAGGACCUGGAGACAGACGACUUCGAGAUCGUGGUCAUCCUGGAGGGCAUGGUGGAGGCCACGGCCAUGACCACGCAGGCGCGCAGCUCCUACCUGGCCAACGAGAUCCUGUGGGGCCACCGCUUCGAGCCCGUGCUCUUCGAGGAGAAGAACCAGUACAAGAUCGACUAUUCCCACUUCCAUAAGACCUACGAGGUGCCGUCCACGCCGCGCUGCAGUGCCAAGGACCUGGUGGAGAACAAGUUUCUGCUGCCCAGCGCCAACUCCUUCUGCUACGAGAACGAGCUGGCCUUUCUGAGCCGGGACGAGGAGGACGAGGUGGACGGCGAUCAGGACGGCCGCAGCCCCCAGGCCAGGCAUGACUUCGACAGACCCCAGGCUGUGGGUGGGGGCAGCAGCGCCCUGGAGCAGAGGCCCUACAGGCGGGAGUCGGAAAUCUGAGCCGCCCCCACCCCUCAGCCAAGGUGCCGAGUCCGUCGCCCUGCCAGGAGCCAAGAGGGCCUGGGUCUGAGCCGAGUGGGCCAGGCGCCCCUUCGCGGACUCCGUAGCAUCUUAGAUGUUUUAGGUUCUUCACGGUGGCCUCGGCAGCCUGACGGGAGAGCAGGCAGCGGGGCAGGCGGUCCUCACAUCAGCCGGAGCAGUGCAGGGGCAGGCAGGUGGCCCGGGAGGUGGGACAGCCACAGGAGUCGGGGUCUGUCACCUGCGCAAGGACCCUGCCCAGGAAGGGGUCCACCGUGACCGCCUCUGGGGGGGCACAGGAGGCAGGUUGAGGUGCCCUUCUCCGGUUUUUAAUUUGGGGAGAAAUACUGGGUUUUUGGCUUUCUCAACCUUAGCUUGAGUAAGACUGUUUACAAAUAAUAAUAAUAAUAAUAAUAACGUGAUUGAAAAAUUUUUUUAAUUCAUGGGAGCAGGGCUGAGGGGAGGGUGGUUAGACUUCCAAUGGCCUGCCGGGAUACAGGCAGCCAGGUGGGGGCUCCAGAAGGUUCCCUGGCUGGCCUGACUCCUCCUGCAAAACUGGGCGGCCCGGGGCAGCCCGGUGCUCUCUAGGGUGCCGUCCACUCCGAGAGCAGAUUCCGCUCUGUCUGUGUCACUGGGGAGGGACAGGCGGGGAUGCCCUAGACGAGCUUUUGGGCUUUGACACUGCACCUCAGAGCGCGUCUCGCGGCCACGCAGAUGCUUUGCCUCUCUCCCCCCUUCGGGCUUUCGCAGUGGCCACCAGGCGAGAUGGGCAGGUGGGGCUGUGCCCGGCUGCCAGUCGGGGUCCGGCCCUGCGGAAGUGGAUGGGCCCUCUCCCCGGACACAGCAUGGGUCGUGCCUUCCAGACCCCAGGGGUCCGGCUCCAGUUGUUUCUGUUUUUAUGGAACUUGCCCAUCCUUCACUAGGGAGGUCUGCAGGGCCAGGCUGCGCUGGCCCGGGCUGUGCAGACAGCGGCCUUCUGCCAGCUGCUGUGUGACAGAUGCUCGUACGUAGGGGCGUGGGCCGCCAGGAGCGUGACUGCCAGGGCGCCUGUGUCAGGCCCUCGAGUCACUUACUGUCACUGACGUGGGCGCUGCCGGCCUGUCAGCCGGCCUCGGACCAGAAACUUCCUGGCAGAGGAGGCAGCGGGCAGGGCCAGGCCUGGGCGGGCGUCUUCCUCCAGGGCCGGGCCUGACCGACGGGGGCCAUCACAAAGCCUGUCCCUCCAGGCUGUGCUGAUCUGUAGCCCCCAGACAGCUCACAGAGCUGAGGAAGUGAUUCUCAAGCCCAAGUGGGGAAACUGAGGCAGGAUGGAUGGGGGUGAAUAAGACCGGGAGAAGGGCUAGGCCCAGGGGUCCUGCCUCUUUCUCCCCCAUCACUCCUGCAGCAGCUGGAGAUUUGGUUCCGAUUCAGGGACCCUGGAGCCUCUGGGGAUAUGUGGCUCCCCUACCCGAGACACCCAGGCCCAGGCUCCACCAUGAUUUCUGGUGAGAUUUUUUCCUCUCAGGGUGCACUGAGGGCAUGGGGCACUCAGCUCCUCCUGGCCCCAGUGCUACCCCCAAGCCCACUGGCUUUCUCAGCUUAUCCCUGAGGGGUGGGGUGCCAGAAAGCCUGGAGUGCUCACCCCCAGGCCCAGCUGAGUUGUCAGGCCGAGCCCUGUCACCGGGGGCCUGGACAGGCGCCCAUGGCCCCCUCUGCCCAGUGGCCACAGACCCUCCCAGGGAGGUGCUGGCCAGCCUUGCACAUAUCUCUAGAGAGGCGCCUGGGGCCAGUGCUCCCGCUCAGGCCUGGCCCUCCCUGCUCCCCCGGACUGCCAGGCCCAGCAGGGCAGGAGAGCAGCUGUGGGGGCUCCCCCGACCACAGGCAGAGGCUGCGUCUGCCCGCUCCUCGGUGUGGUUCCUUUCUUAUUUAUUGUUUAUUUAUUAUUGCUAAAGACCAAAAUAGUCUCCUUUUCAGUGCACUUGAACAGGAGGGUGGGUGGGAGGAGCCCCGGGCGCGUGUGUGGUCUGUGAGGGCGGGUGCCACGCACAACCCUGUGUGCGUGCUGUGUGCGUGCUGUGGCAUGUGGCGUGACCACUUGUGUGACGGCCUGUGUGCCGGGCGAGGGCAAGGACCAGUUGGCCCUGCCCUCGUGCUGGUCAGGGACACUGCACCGCCUCUGACAGGGAGUGUGGAGAGCAAGGGUUGGCGGAGCUGCAGCCUCACUGCCCAGUGCCCUGGGAGACCGCAGAGGGGCUCCUGCCCUUCCCCCACCUCCUCCAGCAGCUCAGGGCCCGGGGGCAGAGGGGUGCGAGCCCAAGUGUGUGAGGAGAAGUGAAGGUGUGGCUUUGCCCUGUUGGUGCGCUGAGAACAGACACAUUAUAGAAGGCAAGCGCACAGCUGCGUCUGUCCAGUGCGUGCCACGCAGAUCUGUUGUACAGGUGUGCCCUGUUCAGAUGCGUGCAUACGGAUGUGUGCUGUACAGAUGUGUGCAUAUGGAUGUGUGCUGUACAGAUGUGUCCUGUCCAGAUGUGUGCUGCGCAGAUCUGUGUUGUAUAGGUGUGUCCUGUCCAGAUGCGUGCUAUUCAGAUGUGUCCUGUCCAGAUGUGUACUGUGCAGAUCCAUGCUCACCAGAGGAUUGCUGUACAGAUGUGUGCAUGCCUUCCCCACGUGUGUGCUUCUGACCUGAUAUCAUGUGCGUGGGAGUCCCCUGUGCGAUAUCCCAUGCAUGUAGGUGCUUAUGUGCCCAUAGGCAUGUCUUGUCCGGGGCUUGGUUUACACGUGACGGCACACACCUGUGAGGAAGGAUGGGCUCUAGAGACGGUGCAGUCAGAGUCAACUGCCCCACUGCCAGCCCCUGAUAUCGAGUGUGGAGUGGCAGUGCCAUGUGAAGUGGUGUGUCUGUGUGUGGGAGGCUGUGUGCGUGGUUGCCACGUGGGCUGGGGUGUGGUUCCCGGGAUGGCCGGGCCAGGCUCUGUGUGUGUGUCGGCGGCUGCCCCUCCUGUGCCUUGCUGGUGCUGUGCUGCCAGGCCCCUGCACCCCGGGUCCUGGCGGGGGCAAGGUGGUGACGGGAAGGCGGUUCCUGUGAGGUGGGUGCCGCCUGCUCUUCAUGAGGUCAGAGAAUGUCAAAUCUAUUUUAAGUGGUGAAACUGGAGAAUCCUCUUGUUAUUUUCAAUCCAUAGUGUUACCUAGAGACAUAGGCCAUGAGACUAGACCACAUUAAAUGCAUUUUGAUCUCUUUGA